UGGGUGGGUGUGAGGGAGGGAGGAGGGAGAAGAACAAGCGAAGAAAGGACAGAAAGGGAUGGAAGCACUACCGAAAAGGCGGGGAGGCGCGACGACGGAGAACCGUAGCGGCCGGCUAGCGAGGCGGCGCACGAGCGUGGAGAAUUUGCCAACGAGACACUCAACAAGGAGACUCCAAUGAUGAAAACCGGGAUUUGGACGGGACUUCACCAGGAUUAAAGCAAGCCGAGGACGCAGAGGGAAGUGGAGCCUUGUCUUCAGCAGGGCAGCGGCAGACUACAGCGUCGGACCAGCCAAUCACAAGGCAUCAAUUUGUAAUGACUUCUGUCAAAUGUGUGCCCAUAAAGUCAGCCGAUGUCAGUGCCGAGCACGGGGCCAUGUCUACCGCCUUGUCUCAGCAACUGCCAAAGCAGGACAAGGAGGCGGAGGAGGAGGAAGAGGAUGAGGAGCAAGGCGAAGAGUUUGUCUUUGACGACGACGAGGACGAGGAUAAGCCCCCGGAGGACGAUCGAGGGGUCGCCGGCGACUCGCUUCAAUUGUCAAAGCCGGAAGUCCCAAAGACGUGCGAGGACGCGUCGCAGGCUGUCAAAGACGUCACGCCACAGGAAGGAAGUGCCAACAAAGAUGCUGUUGCAGUCGCUGAAUCAGACAGUGGGGUCCCUGCGGCAGCCCAGGUAAUAACCUCGGACGCCGAUCCAGGAGGCGGCGAUGCGGAAACAGCGAAGGAAAGCUCCGGGGACGUCCCCGAAGCCUCACAUGAUGUUGAAGCCGACGUCAUCUAUGACGAUGUCCCGUGCGAGGAGCCCCUCUCCCCCGAUGAAGAUACGCUCUACGAGGACGUCCAGCGGGACUCGUGCGGCCCGCCUGUUGCAGGCAACGGGUGGAGCUCCAGCGAGUUUGAGAGCUACGAUGAACAAUCGGACGGCGAGAGCAAGGUGCCCACACGCAGCAAGCUGUCCCCCGAAGUGCGGCGGCUGAGGGAACGCUGUGUCAGGACCAAGCGUGAGCUGGCUAUGAAGCUGUCUGGCAAGCACAACUAUGACAUCAAGGUGCAGCAGCUCAUGAAGGCAGCCAGAAGCAACACCAAGGAUGGUCUUGAAAAGACCAGAAUGGCUGUCAUGCGCAAAGUCUCGUUCCUGCACCGGAAAGACACCAUCGAGGAGGAGGACGACGCGGGUUACCUGGAUGUGGCGAUAUCCGACGUGACGCAUCCGCCGCCGCAGCUGAGUGCCAUGCCGGAGGGCCUGACCAGCCACCAGGUUGUCAGGCGCCACGUCCUCGGCUCCAUUAUCCAGAGCGAGCGCAGCUACCUGGAGUCCCUCCGGAGAAUCCUGCAGGAAUACCACAGACCUCUGCUGGAGGCCGACCCACGCAUCCUGAGCCCACGCAAGAUCCGGCCCAUAUUCUACAGAGUCCGGGAGAUCACGCAUUGCCAUUCCAUGUUCCAGAUUGCGCUGGCGUCGCGCGUGGCUGAAUGGGACAGCUGUGAGAAAAUCGGAGACUUAUUCGUCGCCUCGUUCUCCAAAUCCAUGGUGCUGGACGUGUACAGCGACUACGUGAACAACUUCACCAACGCCAUGGCGCUCAUUAAAAAGGCCUGCCUGUCCAAGCCGGCCUUUCUGGAAUUCCUCAAGAAGAAGCAGGCAUCCAGCAUGGACCGCAUCACGCUCUACGGGCUGAUGGUGAAGCCCAUUCAGCGAUUCCCGCAGUUCAUAUUGCUCCUUCAGGACAUGCUGAAGAACACGCCCAAGGGCCACGUGGACCGCCUGCCGCUGCAGCUCGCCCUCACCGAGCUGGAGACGCUUGCCGAGAAGCUGAACGAGCAGAAGCGGGUCGCCGACCAGAUCGCAGAGACCCAGCAGCUCGCGCUCAGCGUCAGCGAUCGCCUGCUCAGUAAGCAGCUGAACCUGGAGCAGGGGUCUCUGGUCCAGUGCGAGACGCUCAUCGAGACCGUGUACGGCGAGCGGGGGCAAGUCCUCAAAUCCAAGGAGCGUAAGGUCUUCCUCUUCGACGACGUCUUAAUCUGCGCCAACAUAAAUGUCAAGGGGUCUCCAGAUAUCAGCAGCCUGGUCCCGGUCGGGCCUAAGUACACCAUGAAGUGGAGUGCGCCCUUGCAGCAGGUGCAGGUGGUGGAGGUGGGCCAGGAGGGUUGCCAGGGUAAGGACGCCGUCUUACAGCAGAGCGUGAGCAAGCGGCAAGGCGGCGCCCAAGCGUCAGGUAAAUCCAUUCUGGGUCCUCCACGGCUCUACCAAGAACUGCAGGAGCUCCAGCAUGACCUCUGUGUGGUGGAGGACGUGACGCUAUUGGUGGGCACGCUGGAGGGGACGUACCAGAACCUGAACACCACAGUGGCCCAGGACUGGUGUCUGGCUCUGCAACGGCUCAUCCGUAUCAAAGAGGAGCAGAUCCAGAGUGCCAACAAAUGCCGCUUACGCCUGCAGGUGCCCGGCAGGCCAGACAAGUCCGGUCGUCCCGUCAGCUUCAUGGUGGUCUUCAACACUCCGAACCCCAUCAGCAAGAUCUCCUGGGUCAACCGACUGCACUUGGCCAAGAUUGGGCAACGCGAGGAAAAUUCGCCCGGCUGGCUUUACGGCGAGCACGAGGGCAGGACGACGGCGCCGUUUUGGUGCCCGCUGCUGGCCUGUCACAUGCCCGUUUUUGCUACCAAGUCCCCCGAGAGAAAGCUUGAAGCUGCCAUCCACAAUCCUGUUCACUGUGCAAUGUUGGGCUUCUCGGCAGCCAGCACAUCCUUACCUCAAGGCUUCCUCUGGGUGGCUGCCGGCGGGGACGAAGCCUCUCAGGGCCAGAUCGAGAUAUUCUCCCUCAACCGGCCCGUGCCGAGGGCCGUGAAGAGCCUGCAAGUGGACGCCGCCGUCCGCUGUCUGGAAUACGUGCCGGAAGCUUCUCCCACCGAGGAGGCGGAGGCCGGCGUUCACAAGGUCCCGUCGGGGAACGGCGCCAGCAUCUGUGUCGGAUUAGAUGACGGACGAAUUCUGGUCUACGGCAGCGUGGACACCGCGGCUCAGUGCCUCUUGACCCUCAGCAACCCCCAGGGCUGCCCCGUCCUGUGCCUGAAACACUCGCCUUGCUUCCUGUUCGCCGGUCUGCGCGACGGAAGCUUGACGGUUUACGGAAAGAAAAACGCCGAUGAUCUCUGGGAUCCGGAUUCCCGCAGAAGCGUAAACUUGGGUUCAGAUCCGGUGCGGACCCUCUUGGUUCUGGACGAUUCGGUGUGGGCGAGCAGCGGGAACUUUGUCACGGUGGUUGACAUGUGCAGCCUCAGCACUCGGAAACUGGAGGUCCACCCCGACCCGAUGGUGAGCGUGGCACACGUGGCACGCGCCGGCGGCGGCGUGUGGAUGGCGUUCUCAGAGGGCUCGUCCAUCCGUCUCUUUCACACCGAGACGCUGGAGCUGCUGCAGGAGAUAAACGUCUCCACGCGCUCCACGCUGCUCAACACCAGUCCGGAGAGCAUGCGAGUCACCAGCCUGCUCAUCUGUCGAGGACUCUUGUGGGUCGGCACCGCCCAAGGACUCAUCGUCACCCUGCCGGUUCCCAAACUGGAGGGAAUACCCAAAAUAACAGGAAAAGGCCGGAUCUCUCUGAACGGCCACCGCGGGCCGGUGGACUUCCUGGCGGCCAUCACCAGCACCUUGUCUCCGGACCUCCUGAAGAGGGACUCGGUGGCGGACGGGCCGGACUCGGCGUGCGGCGGCGAGGAUCCCAGCGACGCCUCGUCCCAGGAAUCCCUGCAGCAGCCGGUCCGCGGCCGGGGCGUCCUGCUGCGGUACAAGCUGCGCUCCACGUCGGGGCUGCCCGGACGCCCGCUCACGGCGAUGGCCGACGAGGCCUCCGACUCGUCCCUGGAGUCGCUGGAGCACGGCGUGGAGGACGGCUCCAUCUACGAGCUCAGCGACGACCCCGACACGUGGGUGCGGGGGCGCCCCUCAGAGAAGGACGGCAGGGGCAAAGACAGGGUGGUCUCGGCCGCCGUCGUCUCCGGGGGCCGAGGGUUCCGGAGGCUCCGGGAGGGGGCGACCGCGGGGCCUCGGACCGGCGGGGAGCCUAUAGAGAGUGUUCUUUUGGUUUGGCAACUGCCGUUGACUGUGUAAUUUAUAAAUGACAAAUUACAGCUAAGUCAUAAAUGACAGGGUAGUUCCCAAAAGAACACGCUAUUCUAAAAGAAAAAGAAAAAAAAACACAGACACAAAAACAGGUUAUUACCAAAAGAACAGGUUAUUC